AUGAGGGUCUGGCUUACAGCAAAGGCGGAAGAAGACAGGAGGAGACAAGAGGAGGAGAGGACACGCCAAGAAAGUUACCGGCUUGAGCAGAGGAGGAUGGAGCACGAAAUCCUGAGGACCUCCCUACAAGGGGGGAUACCACCACCUCUCGUCCCCGUUGUCUUCGCUGGUAUGGGAGGAGGCGCACUUUCACCAGCGGCUGUCGACUGGGCGCAGCAGUUCAUGGCGUUACACACUCCUCAACAACACCCUCCUGCGUUACUACCACCCAGCGCAGUCCCUUCUUCGGACCAGCAGAGGCAAGAUUCACAAACCCAGGGGUACGGCCAGUAUCCCGUUUCAGGCGGCGGUGUUCCCUCGACACCGAGCUCCGCCCAAGGACCUCCGAGCGCAUACAUGCCAGGUUACCCAGGUUCCCCGACGAGACCGCGAACACAGAGCGUGCCGGGGGGUGCAGGAGGGCGACCGCUUGCCGGGGCUGGAGGACAACUGCCCAACCUCAAUACCAAUGUCCCCGGCGGAGGAUCGAGCCACCAGCCACAACAGUCACAGUCACAGGAAGCACAGGCCUCACCAUCCAUCUAUUUCCACCACUGGCAACCUCCGGCAACACAGGCAGGAGGACGGGGCGGGUCGGACCAACCCGCUGCGCCCUCAGUAGGAGAGUCACCACGGAAACGGAAAGCCCCGGGGUCCCAACAACCACAACCACCGCCGUCCUCGUCCAACCGACAUCGUUCGCCUCCCUUCUUACAAAGCACGGGGUUGUCCAAUCCACCACCCGGCCGCAGGAGGGCACAUUCGCGACAACGAAGCGACCUGAGCUCCUACCGGCCUGGCCCUCUUCGUGGAAGAGCAGAAAGCUUGGGACCAGGGCGAGAACUAUCUCCGAUGCCCACGUCUGGUGCGAACUCGACGCGGGACAGCGGCGAGUCGUCACAGGCGGCUCAACACCAAGCCCAGGCUCCGCAAUUUGCGCCUUCGCUGGCCCAGGUUCCUUCCGGACGGACCGGUGCCCACUCGGUUUCCUCAUUGUUGUCAGACGACCCGCAUUCUCCGCGACCGGCAACGCAUUUCACAUCUAGCGGGCCCUCAGAAUCCCGGCACCGCCUCCAGCAGCAACAACAGCAACAGCAGCAGCAGCACCGCCAACACAUGCAACCCCAACAGCACGGUCAGCCGCACUUUCCAGGGCUGGAGCGAGCACCAUCACCGAGGUCGUUGGAGGAAAAGCUUCAUGGAAGCGGCGGAAUGCAAGGGCCGGCCGCCACGCGGCCGGGGGGGAGCACCUGA